AUGUAUGUAGAUUAUCGAUUGCUGAAUAAAAAAAGAAAAUUAGAUUUACAUCCGUUAACUAAUAUUGACGAUCAGAUUGAUCGUUUAUCGGGAAAAAAGUUCUUUACUUCUUUAGAUCUCAAAUCGGGAUUUUAUCAAAUUCCCAUUGACGAGGAUUCUAUAAAAAUUACAGGGUUUGUCACUCCAGAUAAUCAUUACGAAUUUCUAAGAAUCCCAUUCGGCCUUAAGAACUCGCCGGCGGUGUUUCAAAGAGCAAUAAACAGAGCGUUCGGUGAAUUGAGAUUCUCUAUCGCUUUAGUUUAUACUGAUGAUAUACUGGUGACAGCUUCAAGUAUCGAGGAAGCAUUUCAAAAUCUUGAAUCGGUAUUACAGGCUUUAAAGAAGAAUAAUUUUUCGUUGAAUUUAGCCAAAUGUAAAUUUCUACAAACGACCAUUGAUUACUUGGGCAGAAAAAUUUCUGAAAAAAAAUUUAUCAAAGAUUUUGCUAGUAUAGUUGCUCCUUUGACUGACCUAUUGAGAAAAGAAGCUUCACGGAAAUAUGAGUCUGAACAGGCAAAUGUGGUGAGAGAUUUGAAGCGGAUACUCACAGACAGGCCGAUUCUGGCUCUCUUCGACCCUACGCUUGAGACUGAGCUACACACAGACGCAAGUUUAGUAGGUUUGGGAGCUAUGUUAAUGCAGAAAAAGAACGGCGAGAAACGAGUUGUCUCGUAUUACAGUCUAACGGACUGCAGCGCUAUACGCGCAACGGCUGUAAAACGAGACAUUCAUCACCGUUUGCUUAUUGAUGUCACUGACAAUGAAUGGAUCAAGGUGACACAAAUGCAAGAUCCAGAUCUAGAAAUCAUACACAAAAUUCUAGAAACUGAAGAUGUUCAAGCAAAUACAAAGCAGUACUUUGACCUAUAUGAUCUGAGAGGGGGAGUCGUCUUUCGUAGAACUGAGACAGGAAAUAAAUGGGUAGUUCCCCGUGCAUCACGUUUCAAUAUUGUAAAAAUGCAUCACGAUGAUCAAGGGCACUUUGCUUUCGAGGAGACAAUUGAGAAAAUAAAAGAACAUUAUUGGUUCAAAGGUAUGAAAAAGUUUGUUGUCAAGUACGUGCAUUCUUGUUUAAAUUGCUUGUAUUAUAAAUCCACAUCUGGGUGCAAACCGGGCUUGCUACACCCUAUUGAGAAAAUCGCGAUUCCAUUUCAUACUUUGCAUUUGGAUCAUGUGGGACCCUUUGUAAAAAAUAAGCGCAAGAACACUCAUAUAUUGGCCAUAAUUGAUGGGUUUACAAAAUAUUGCAUUGUCGAGCCUGUAAAAGACACAAAAACUAAAUGGGUCAUAAAAAUACUACAACAAGUAUUUGGACUCUUCGGGGUACCAACCAAGAUUAUUAGCGACAGAGGCACCUGUUUUACAUCGAAGCAUUUUACUACAUUUUGUCAAGAGUAUGGAAUAAAAAACAUACUGAAUGCUGUCGCUACUCCACGGGCAAACGGACAAGUUGAACGCUUGAAUUUUACCAUUCUCAAUUCCUUGGCGACAACUAGUGCUGGCGCUUCGAAAUAUCAAUGGGACGACUAUGUAAAAAAGGUGCAGAGCGGUAUUAAUUGUACCAUUAACCGAACCACUCGAAAGAGUCUGGCUCAACUUUUAUACAGUUUUAAACCUCGAAGUUCAGCAGAUGCAGCAUUGCAAGGGGCAAUUCAAGACGCACUGGAUCAGAUCAACUUAAAGGAGUUACGUAGGGAAGCAAGGCGUGUCACCGAUGAGGAACAGGCGCGGAAAAAAUUCAGGUUUUAUAGUAAAAGGUUCAAACCUGCACGGUAUACAGUGGGAGACAUCGUCCUGGUUACAUCUAGGCCAGCAGCUAAAGGUCAGAUCAAGAAGUUGACAGCUAAGUCAAAAGGUCCUUUCAAGGUGACUGCCGUUCUACCUGAUGAUCGUUAUGAAGUCGUGGACUUGAGGGAACUUAAGAAAGCCCGAGGUCAAAGGACUGUCCGAAUCCAUAUAAGUGGAUGUUAUGGCUCUCCUUGCAUUUCAUAA